AAGAGUAAGAAAAAUCGUGAGGAACAUAACUCUGACUUUGAAGAAACAAGUGUCUCUUUUUGUUUCCAAAAAAGACAGAAGUUGGAAAGGCGAGGUUUUAGAGAGCAAAGCCCCCCCACGACCAGCUCAGGAAACUCCGGGCCCUCUGCUCUUCCUCUGCAGUGACGGCACUUAAUCACACUCAGAGGGCUGUGAUGGACUUCACAUGCACUCACACGCCUCCGCCUCGUCCCUUUCUUCUUCUCCUCCUCCUACAAUCUGCUCUCCUCUGUCAGAGUGAUGUAGGGUCACGAGAAUGGGGAAACACCUUCCAAGGAGAAAACACACAUGCACACAUGCACUUUCACAACACACACACACACACACACACACAGAGAGAGCUCCUCGCUGAGUGCUGAAUGGUGAGAGAACAGCACAUGCUGCAUGAGACGAAGUUGGAUAGCAACAUUUCUCCAAACUGAAGACACUCCCUACUCCCUGAGGACAUCGGAGUACCAGACAGAGCCGAGCAGAGAUCUGAGAGAAAGUGUGAAGAGGGAAGAAGAGUCACAUCACCUGAUUCGUGGAGCUUUAACAUGGGAUGAGCUCCUGACAUCAGUGUCUUAAGUCCCUCUCUAAAGGAACUUCCUGUUUAUGGCCAGCUGUGUCCCCCGUGUAUACUGACUGCGAGCCCGACGAGAUCCUGGCCUCUGAGCUCUGACCUUUAACCCUGGAGGGGCUGGGAGGGUCGUCGGGGAGAAAAUGCGGUGCACCACCCUCUUGGCCCUGCUGACGGGGGUCAUGCUGUACCUGGUGAUGGGAGCGCUUGUUUUCCGUACUCUGGAGUCCUCCUCCGAGAGCCUGAAGUAUGAAAAUCUGCUGAGAGCAAAGAAGACCUUCCUUCAUAAUCACUCCUGUGUCAGCGAACAUGAAUUCUACAAGCUUGUGAAGACAGUGGUGUCUGCGGUGGAGGCAGGUCUGGAUGUGAGCAGCCUCCCUGCCAACUUCACCAGCCGCUGGGAUGUAGCCUCCGCCUUCCUCUUCUGUGGUACCAUCAUAACCACCAUAGGUUUUGGGAACCUGUCUCCUCGGACGUGGUACGGCCAGUUGUUCUGCGUGUGCUACGCUCUGGUGGGGAUCCCUAUGUUUGGCAUACUGCUAGCUGGAGUGGGUGACCACAUGGGCACGGUGCUGCGGAGAGCUGUGGCCAAGAUUGAGACCCUCUUCCUGAAACACAAGGUCAGGCCCACCACUGUGCGUGUGACCUCAGCGGUCCUCUCCAUCCUGAUUGGGUGUCUGAUCUUUCUCGCCGUGCCGACAGUCGUGUUUCAGAAAGUGGAGAAAUGGUCGUUUCUGGAGUCGCUCUACUUUGUGGUCAUCACUCUCACCACUGUUGGCUUUGGAGACUACGUACCAGGUGGCGGUCAUGAAGGCGGUUUUUUUUUCAAGCCGCUGGUGUGGUUGUGGAUAGUGUUUGGUCUCGCUUACUUCGCCUCCAUCCUCACCAUGAUAGGCAACUGGCUGCGGGUGCUGUCGAAAAGGACCCGCGCUGAGAUGGAGGAGUUGAGGGCUCACGCGACAGACUGGACCCAGAACAUCCAGAACAUGUCGAUGGACUUUCGAAUCCCCAACCCUCUGGAGUUUAAUGACCCCUUCCUACUGCAGCGCCGGAAAUGGAAACGCAGUCAGCGUCGCCGCAUCCGCCGGGGAGCUGAAGGCACUCUGGGAUACUUGGAUCGCAGGGGAUCUGAGAAUGGACACCUGCCGAACCGCUGGGCCCCCCUCUCCAGCUCCAUGAGCCGAAUAGAGGACCAUUCCUCUCUUGAGAGGGCGGCAGUGCCCAAACCGCGAGUGAGGAUCGUUGUUCCUAGAGGUGGAGGCGGAACAGUCCCAAAAGUGGGGUCUAGACUGAGGGUUGACCCCGUUGUGGGUAUUCAAGUGGAGGGAAGGGCGUUUCCUCACCUGCUGGCCCGCUCAUUCUCCCUCCCUGUGGCCCGCUCCACCUCAGAGCUGGACUCGGCAGGUGUAGCCAUGCAGGGAGUGACGCUCUCUGGAUUAGAGUCUCCGUUUGACUCCAGAUCAGAAGCCUCCUCGGCCUCCUCGUCCUUCUCGGCGCUCUGCGGGUUCCAGCCCUACUGCGCAGUCAGCAGUGUGGAGGAGGGAGGAGCGAGAGCAGCAGAGAUGAACACAUCAAAGGAGAAAGACAAACUGAUUCCAGCAGAAGGAAGUAGAAUUGUUGAAAACAGACGCACACCCACACCUGGUUUCCUCCCAUACUCCUCCACCCCUCCUUCCCGUCGUCCUUCUUUUUACCACCCAGUCCUCUCCCCAUCCGGCUGCCAGCUGCUGGAUUUCUUUGGGGAGAACCUGGCGUACAUCGACGAGUCCUCAGACACUCUGAGCGACCGCGACCGGGCCAAGCCGGCAGCAAACGAGGAGAAGAAGAAGCGGCCGCGAAAGCCCAAAAGGAGGAGCAUGAGGAGGCAGCUGUCACACAAGUUGAGCCCCCUGCAGGUGAGGAGGCCCAACAGCGAUAUGCAGCCACCGUCCAAUCCCCCAACACCACCUCCAGACUCUUCUCUUUCAGACGUACCUCGUUCAGAGAGCCAGAAAGACUCAAAGCCAACACUCUGACAGCCACCACACUCACGAGAUGGUGCCAAAGUCAAGAUGGGACAGAACAUAAUAAUGCACACUAAAGCUGUGGGUUUACAGCAGACUUGACACUCCUACUGAUAUUUUAAAUCAACAAUAAGUAAAGCUAUUCAAAGUUAGCCUCACAAAGUCAGCCCACACAUUUUGAUUUGUUAGGUUGCGGUCUGGAAAAGCUCAGUAGACAUUUGUUUGAGACAGGAAUCCCUUUAAGUGGUCUGGACAGCAGAUGAUUGAUAAUAACUGCUUCCCUUCACUGAGACAAAUGCACACUUCACUAACCUGUCACUGGUCUUUGAGUCAGAUUUGCAAACCACAAAAAAUAUAUCUGUUGGUCUGUAAAUGCCAGGUUGCUUCGACAUUUGUCUCAGAAACUUAGUUUUUAAAUCAAUCUAAAGAGAGAAACAAGCCUUGCAAGUGAGGGACUUGUGCUUAAAUUUGAAACAACCAUCCCUGCUGUUGGUCAUAAGUUUUAGUGGUUUCAGGAGACAAUGAGUCACAUCAUUAAACAUAAUUAUCCACUUAAUUGAUCUGGCUUCCAGUUCAGUCAAACCUCAUUGUUUUCAGCUCUAAAUCUAAUAUUUAAACCGGCUUUGUGAGGCUAACUCUCAGCUUUAGUUUGUCACAGUGUAUUUAUAGCAGAGGUGUACCGCCCCACCUGAAACACACACAAACACAAUGCUCUUUUAUGGAAAAGAAAAAAAUUAAAAGGGAAAUAAAAGAAAGGGAAAGAGAGCAGAGGCGCUGUUAGUCACAGAAAAUGCCACAUAUUAAAUAAGUGUGGUUGUUUUUAGGCUGUCAUCUAAACAAACUAAAUGGAUCACCAGAUGAGAAUGCUCCAGGAUCUGGGUGGCUCACCACCUCGGCUAAAAAAGAAAUUCCCCGGGGGGAAAACCCUGCAGUGGGUGGAGAACCCAAACCACAACAACAGUACAUUAGUAUUAAGCACUUGGGAAGGACCACAGCCAUAAUUCACCCUCAAACCAGCGUCAGUCCUUUGUGUAGUUCUGUCAUUACAAGUCCUGACUAUUGGAAACUUUCAAGAUGGAAAGUGUGCAGUUGUUUAAGGGAGUAAGCAGGUCGCCAACUCCUUCCCCUAAAGGUUCUGUGAUCUUCUGGUUCAUGAAACCGCUCUUGAAUUAUUUUUUAAAGGGAAAAAAAGGGUAAAAGACAAUUUAACAGAUCAUGUUGUUUUCCACUGCUUUUGUGCUCCUCACAUCAUGAUAAUAGUUGUGCGCUCGCCUCGGAAAUAAGUGGUCAGAGAGCUAUUAAACAACGCUAAGUUUAUUUUUAAGUUUGUGGUGUUAACCAGCUGUACUGUCCUUAAGUGUCCUGAACUCACUGUUGGCGAGAUUCUUCUUGUGACCACUGCUCCUUAUUUGGCUUAUACUGUUUGACUUGAAUCGAUUUUUAUUAUUUUUAAGGACCGUGGCCACAUAAACAAUUGUGUAGCUUUUUUAACACGCCUUUCAAGUGCUAUUUGUCCUCAGUUGAACCUUCUUUGUUGCCUCAUCUUAUUGUCCUAAAGUGACAUGUUAAAGUGAUGAUUACCAGACCUGUUAAGCUCACAUACUGCUGUUUGACAUUAACUUUUACAAGGCCUUGUGAUUCAGUAAUGUCAUGGUGAUAAUUUAUCUCUUUUUCUUAUUGCACAAUGCCUAUAGUACCUAUGAAAUGAUGCCGUGUGAUAUAAAACCCAAGCCAUGAUCCAAUUAGGGCUACAAUUAACGAUUAUUUUCCUUAUCAUUACAUCUUUUUUUCUCUCUUUUUUUUAAAAUCAAUUAGUCAUUUGGUCUAUAAAAUGUAGGACGUAGAAUGUAAGA